AUGCCGGCUGCUGCCAAGCGCAGCAGAGCGGCCGUGGAGGAGGACAAGCCGGAGUACUUCGAGGGGUUCAAGGUCGCGGAGAGCGAGCAUGAGGGAUACGAGUCCGACGGCGGAAUGGCCGAGGCCUUCCGCCCCGGGGCGAAACGCAAGUCCAAGAGAAGCAAGAAGGCCGGGGGGGGCACGUUCGAGAGCAUGGGGCUGUGCGAGGAGGUCAUGCAGGGAAUCAAGCGGAAAGGAUACCGCCUCCCGACUCCCAUCCAGCGCCGCACGAUCCCCUUGAUCAGGCUCGGCAUCGACGUCGUCGGCAUGGCACGCACCGGUUCCGGCAAGACGGCGGCCUUCGUCAUUCCGAUGCUCGACAGGCUGCGCGCGCACUCCCCGCGCGCGGGCGCCCGUGCUCUCCUGCUCGCACCAACACGCGAGCUGGUCCUGCAGACGUACAAGGUGGUGAAGGAGCUCGGCAAGUGA